AUGCAUCUAUCACUCUUUCUUGUAGUUCUCCCAUUAGCGAUGGCAGUGCCAGCCAGGCGGGAACCAGCGCCACUCCUUCGACCUCGCACCGACGAAAAAAACCUGCUGGCGGGAAAAUAUAUUGUCAAAUUCAAGGAUGGUAAAGGCGGGGAUAAGAUGUCCGUAUCAACGCUCAAUAAUAAAAUCAGCACCUUGAACGUGACCCCAGAUCACGUCUACAAGGCCACCUUUCAAGGGUUCUCCGGCCAGCUUACUGAUGAGGAGCUCGAAUCUCUUCGCCAAAGUAACGAUGUCGAAUAUGUUGAGCAGGACUCUUCACUUUCGGCAUACGCAUUUGUCGAGCAGGCCUCGCCUCCGUGGGGAUUGGGUCGUAUCUCUACCCGCGACCGGAAGACUGGAAUUCCAUAUACUUAUGACUCCAGCGCAGGAGCUGGAACAUGCGCCUAUGUUAUUGACACAGGAAUCGAUGUCACCCACCCCGACUUCGAAGGACGAGCGGAGAUGGUCGCCAACUUUGUAGACAAUAUCAACACUGACGACGACGGCCACGGCACUCACGUUGCCGCCACCAUCGGCGGUGCCAAGUACGGCGUGGCAAAGAAGACCAGGCUUCUCGGUAUAAGAGUGCUCACCAAAGACGGCGAUGGCUCUUUGGCAGGUUUCAUCAAGGGCAUGGAUUUCGUCGCCGAGGACUCUGCCAAGCGAAACUGCACGAAAGGUGUGGUGUCCAACAUGUCCGUGGGCGGUGCUUUCUCGACCUCUAUCAAUGAGGCCGCGGCAAGCAUGGUGAAGAAGAACAUUUUCCUCGCCGUGGCCGCAGGAAACAGUAACACGGACGCCAAGGACUUCUCGCCUGCGUCGGAGCCUACCGUGUGCACUGUUGGUGCUGCAUCACCCUGGGAUGGACGAUGGCUCCAUUCAAACUAUGGCGCGGCUGUUGAUGUGUAUGCACCAGGCCAGAAUAUUCUCUCUGCGCUCCCAGGCGGCGCUGAGGGCGAGAAAUCCGGCACUUCAAUGGCGUCCCCUCACAUUGCAGGUCUUGCUGCGUAUCUUGCUGGUCUAGAAGGGUUCACAGACCCUCAAACCCUUUGCAAAAGGAUCGCAGAUUUGGCUACUGAAGGCAAACUUGGUGGGAUUCCUGAGGACACGCCUAAUAAGCUUGCGUUUAACGGAAAUCCUUCUGGGAAGUAA